AUGAACAUCCAGCAAGCCCAGAUCACCACCUGGGGCUCCACUCCCACCCUCCAAACCAUCACACUCCCUCCUCCCGCCCCAUCCGAACUCCGCAUCAAAGCCCUCGCCAUCGGAAUCCACCGCGUCGUCCGGUCCCGCGCCGCAGGCUCCCACUACUCUGCCAAAACGCUACCUCACACCCCCGGCAUCGAUGGCGUGGGCCUCACAGACGACGACCAGAAGGUCUACUUCCUGACUUUCGGUACAGGAACUCUAGCUGAGUACGUUAACAUGCCGAAGAGUGCGGUGUAUCCCUUAGACCCAGGAGUUGAUCCCGUGCAGGUGGCGGCUAGUAUCAACCCAGCGAUGAGUUCGUGGAUGGCGUUCAAGGGACGGACGAGGGAUUUGCCGAAGGGGUUUACGGUCUUGAUUCUCGGGGUUACGUCAGCGAGUGGGAGGGUUGCGGUGCCGUUGGCGAGGGCCUUGGGCGCGGGGAGGGUAUUCGGGGCUGCGAGGAAUGAGCAGGCGAUGGAAAAGCUCGGACUUGAUCGAAGGAUUGUGAUUGCCGAGAAAGCGGAGGAGACAGAGUUUGGUGACCUGGACGAUGUUGAUGUGGUGUUGGAUUAUGUUUAUGGGCUGUUGGCUGUGCAUCUGUUCAAUUCGUUGAAGACGCCGAAGCCGGUGCAGUAUGUACACAUUGGAGCACUAUCGGAGCCUGAGAUUACGAUUCCGGGAGGGGUGCUGAGGUCGAAAGACAUCACGAUCAGGGGAUCUGGGCCUGGAGCUUGGAGCAUGAAGGCUUUCGCUGAGACACUGCCGGAGCUGUUGAGCAUUAUCCCCGGUAUACCUGAGCAGCCAGUAGAGGUGGCGAAGUUCGAGGAGUUGGAAGAGAAGUGGAAAUAUGAUGGACCGAAGAGGUUGGUGUUUGUUCCGUAG